AUGAAUAGAUCUGAGCCUAGUUACUGUCGAGAGGAGAUAUCGCAACCCAGGGGCGGCCGUUCAUGGGGCCCCACUGCGGCCCCCGCCGCUGAGCCCGGCCUCGCCUACCAGCCCACCCCGGGGGCAGACUCCGCUUCCAGCCGGACCCCCAGCCCCGAGCCCGGCUUUGGAUUUCGCCCAGGCGCGGCGGGGGGAGAGCCAGGCGCGCUCGGGUCCGCGCCCAGCCGCUCGCCGAGCCCGGAUCCCGGGUAUGGAUACAGCCCGACCUCGGGCAAAGCCGAGGGGAAGCCGGGGGACGAUUCCCGGAUCCGCCGCCCCAUGAACGCCUUCAUGGUCUGGGCCAAGGACGAGAGGAAGCGGCUGGCGCAGCAGAACCCGGACCUGCACAACGCGGUGCUAAGCAAGAUGUUGGGCCAGUCAUGGAAAGCCCUGAGCGCCAGCGACAAGCGCCCCUUCGUGGAGGAAGCGGAGAGGCUGCGAAUUCAGCAUCUGCAGGACCAUCCCAACUACAAGUACCGCCCAAGGAGGAAGAAGCAAGCCAAGAAAAUCAAGAGGAUGGAACCCAAUAUCCUUCUCCACAACCUUUCCCAGCCGUGCAGUGACAGCUUCAGCAUGAAUCAUCAUAGUGGCAGCCAGUCUGGCCACCACCAGCCUCCCCCACUUAACCACUUCAGAGAACUCCACUCCAUGGGGUCGGAUAUUGAAAACUAUGGCUUGCCAACUCCCGAGAUGUCUCCCUUGGAUGUCUUGGAACAGACCGAGCCAGCGUUUUUCCCUCCUCACAUGCAGGAUGACUGCAGCAUGAUCCCCUUUAGAGGCUAUCAUCCCCAUCACCAGAUGGAGUUUCCCCAAGAGAAGCCCAUGGGGCGGGACAUGGCACUGCCCUAUGCUCAGACCCCGUCACAUUUGGCUGAUGCUAUGAGGACUCCCCAUCCAUCUAGCAUGUACUACAACCAAAUGUGCUCUGGACCGCAGAAUGUCCUUUCUGCCCAUCUGGGCCAGCUGUCACCCCCUCCUGAAGCCCAUCACGUUGACAGUGUAGAUCACUUAAAUCAAACUGAGCUUUGGACAGAUGUUGACCGCAAUGAGUUUGACCAGUAUUUGAACAUGAGCAGGACUCGUCCUGAAACCUCAGGACUCCCUUACCAUGUCUCCCUGUCCAAAGUGACUCCAAGAAGUAUCUCCUGUGAGGAGAGCAGUUUGAUAUCUGCAUUGUCUGAUGCCAGCAGUGCUGUCUACUAUAGCCCCUGCAUCACAGGCUAG